UGAGGACACUGUGAGGUGCAGGAAUUGGCAAAGAGCAGCGAGUCCAAACAUUGCUCUUCACACUCUUUACAACUCCCUCUGAUAAAGGAGGAACAAGCAGUCAGUCUCCUGUGUAUGAAGACAAGGCAGCGAUGUCUUCGGUGGUGGAUCUCAAAACCAAGGAGGAGAAGGAUGCAGAGCUGGACAGACGAAUCGAAGCUCUGAGGAAGAAGAAUGAAGCUCUGGUCAAGAGGUACCAGGAAAUCGAGGAAGACAAGAAGAAAGCAGAGCAGGAAGGCAUUGCUGUGACAACACCUCGGAAGCCCCGCCCCCACGAGCCGGAGACAGACAGGAGGAAGACGGAGAAAGAAAACUUCACCGUCACAGUCGACCUUUCUAAACCAACAGGGCAGGAGAAGAGAGUCGUGAAUGACUGGAAACCUGGAAUGCCUCGUGGCCGGAAGACGUCAGAGGAAAGCGACGGCCACAGAGGGCAGAGUGACGACCACAGCCCCCCCAGGAGGACAGGCUCGGGACGACUAGGUCGCGGAGGACAGAGAGGAGGCCGCCAAGAGAGGAGGGACCGGGAACCAAGGACACCCAGAGAUGGAGAACCUGGGGAGUCAGGAGGACAGGGACGCAGAGGAGGAAGGAGAGGAAGAGGAGGAGAAGGGGGAGGAGGGACACCUGGUGGCAUGGACAGGAAAUCCAAGGAAUGGGAGGAGAAGAGACGGCAGAACAUUGAGAAGAUGAAUGAAGAAAUGGAGAGAAUAGCAGAGUAUGAGAGAGGACAGCGGCUGGACGGUGACAAACCGAUCCGUAACUUCCUGGAUGACCCGAGACGCUCCGGCCCAGCGCCCGACACGGACCGCAAAGAAGGCAGCAGGAGACAUGUACGGAACUGGGGGGGGCUGGACUUUGACAACGUGAAGACAGGAGCUGAACUGGAGAAAGAGUGGACUAGCCGAAGGCCCGGUCUGAAAGGCUCUGUGGACAUGACCAUGUCCAUGACCGGCCGGGAGAGGGCAGAGUACCUGCGCUGGAAGAAGGAGCGUGAGCAGAUUGACGAGGAGAGACUAGCACGCCAUCGCAACGCCACAGGCCAGUGGAGGCGAGAGUGGGACGCGCAGAAGACUGAGAACAUGUUCAAGGAGGACCCAUAUGUAGCUGCAGAGGGCAUCACAUCUGAGCAAGGCAGCAGGAGAGCCCGGGGGCGUAACUCUCGCGCAGAGCCUCGGGGCAGGGCCUCAGAUGACGCUAAGCGGCCGCCCAAAGCUCCAACAUUUGGCGACUUCCUAUCCCAGGGCAGGACCCAGAGGCCCCGAGGGGACCGGGGCAGAGGCAGGGGCCGAGGACAGAAACAGAGCUACAGCAUGCAUGACAACCGCUGGGAAGGAGAGAAGGAAGAGGAGGAGAAGGAAAAGGAGGACAAGACAAAGAGAGAAGAGAAGACACAAAAGACGGAGAAUGAGGAAGAAAAACCCAAACCUCCCACAGCACAGAAGGUGGAGGAGAAGAAUGGAGAUGGAGACAGAGAGGAUGACGACGAUGAAGACUGGGAGGAUGCCAGCGAUGGAGAAGAGGAGGAGGAAGGAAGCGGCUCAGAACACGACUCCAAGGGUGACGAGAAGAAAGACACGGGGAGAGAGAAACCAGCCAAGAGCAAAGACAACUCCCCGACAUCUCCCACAGCUCGCUCUCGACCCACGUCGGCAGGAAGCCCCAAAGAGCAGCGGACCCCCAGGCCGAAGGUCCACAUCCCCCCACCGACAGCAACUCAGGAGUCACCAGAGGGUGGAAAGACCCUCAGCCCCUUCUCCCCGCUGGAUGGCCACCAGCCCGUGUCAGACUGGGGGGAGGAGAUGGAGAUGCUGUCGCCCCGGAGCAGCAUGGGAGGCGAGAGCCCCCUGAAGCCCCCCAGCGCCGAGGCCAGCCCCCCUCAGAAGAAGGUUCAGCAGCCGGAGGAGGAGACUGAGAGUCAAGCUGCCACCUCCAGUGAACCUGCUGAGCCACAGAAAGAGGAGGAUACAGCCAUAGACGUUUCCCCUGCUCCAGAAAAGGCUGAAACUCAGCAGACUUUGACAGUGUCCGAGCCAGAGUCCGUCCCUACAGACUCCCCUGCACCGCCAUCUAACGCCACCCCCUCUGAUAUCUCUGUCCCAGCCCCCUCUGAGGUCAGUGGGGCUGCUGUGGCAGUGGACCUGGAUACACCUGCUGCUCCAUCACAAGACAAAGCGGACGCCUCUCCUGCUGUCCUGCAGACAGACCAGAGCUCCUCUGAACCAGCAGGAGGGAAAGAUGACGACGCAGCGGCCGCUGAGACCAGCGCUGCUCCAGCAGCAGAAACCGUGGCGUCCUCGGAGCAGACGUCCUCAGGCUGAAGCUGCUGGGAACAAAGACUCAUGUCUGAGGAGGAUGGAGAGAUGACAGGAAAAGAGGGGGACGGCUGAAGAGCAUCACACUACUCAUCCCUGGAGUGGCCAUCACACAUCUAAACCAAAAAAGUUAAAAAAAAAAAAGUCUUUCAACCUUCAUGAGGAGGAGGAGGAGGGACUGAGCAUCACCGCCAUGCCCCGGCGUGUUCUCAGCUAGCUCUCUUUCUCUCUCUCCCUCUCUCCCCCUCCUCCUCCCCCUCUCUCUGCUGAUCACCUCUGGGCCGUUGCCAUCUUUUGUCUCACUCUGUUAAACAUUAAGAGUAAACCGUGUGUAACUCUGGUUUUCAGUGCUGAGACACUUCAGAAUGUUUCGUGUCUCUCUCUGUGGGGUCUCAGUGUCUCAGGAACAGAACAGGUUCGUUACUGUGAUGGUUCGGCUGGAAAAGGAUUCAUUCUUUCCACGAUUCAUCAGAUUAAUUUAGUCUCUCACCAACGCCAGCUGGUUAGCUUGUUAACCUCAGCAUGUUGCGAGUUAACCAACCUUUGUCCUGCUGUAAACGCGCCUGAUUUAUACUUAUUUACCAGAAUUCAGCUGCUGAGAGGUCAAACGAGUGCUCCACCGGUUUUAACAUCACACUCACAAUGGACAGAUUUUUUUUUUUUUUUUAAGGAUCAAAAUCAGUGAUUCCAAUCCUUACAUUCUUUUUCCUGUCAAAACCUGGUGCCUACAUUACCCAGAAUGCAACUUGACUGUGGUCAGAGAUUGAAGUGCGUUGUGCUGGUAGCAGCUAAUGUAGCCUCACGGUCUGCUAAACUCACCUCUUCCUGACUUCACACCCUCCGAUGUCUUUACUUGUCAGACUUGUCCUCAGACCCAGUGGACAAGUGACUCAAGUGACAUAAGUUGAGGACAUUUAUCAGACUUCACGCAGCUCCCUCUGGAGAGACUGAAGAGGUUGUACAGCUUCUUCUCCAUCUCCCUCAGACCCCGUAAACAGACUUUGAUGUGUGAACUCGGUGGAAUUCCCCUUUGACAUUAAUUGCUUUGUCAGUUUUGCCUGAUGGCUAAUUAGCUAGGCUAAUUAGCUAGCCUACAAGCUUCCGUGUUGGGUUAGAGACUGGCUGUUAGCAUGAGCUACAUCUGGAAAUGAAUCAGAAUGAUUACACCAAACUCUCACUGCUGUCUUCAUCCUUUUCUCAGUCAGUUUUUUUUUUAAGUUGCAGUUGAGCUUCGUCUUUCAGCUUCAAAGCCUGAGUGACUUUUUUUUUUAUCACAGUGAUUUCAGCUCCAUUAGACCUUUUCAUGUAGCUCCUUGGUUUUGUUUUGUGGCUUUUAAUGACUCCGUUUGUAAACUUGGACAUGGGAAUUUUUUUUUUUCCAUUCCACUUUUUUUUUUUUUUUUUUUAAUUAUCAUGCGAGAAUUCUAUUAAACAUCUUUCAAAAAUCCGAAUCCUUCAGUCUGUUUACAUGAGCUUCAGUGCAGGAAGAUCAUGAUGCUUUAAGCUGUGCAGGCCUCAGCGAUCCUGUUGGUCUGAUGCGGAUCAGAGUGAGCGACUGGCUCAUCUUUGGUUGAUGCUCUCAUCCGGAUUCACUUGUGGGAUCAGGUGUCUUGCUUAAGGGCACGUUGACAGAACGUCACGUGACUCCUUCACACCUCUUCCUCCUCUCAAAAUACCGAUCUUGGGCUUCGAGCGCUCGGUCCGUUUGAAUGAUUGAAUUCUGUGUCACGAUCAGAAAACGUUUUCUAUUUUCACAGAUGCAGCCUGUGCUGUCACGUUGCGGCUCUGAUGAACUGUGAAUCAUCAGAGGCCGGUUCUACAGAUUUUCCCUCUCCCCUUAGACGACGCACUGCCUCGUGAAUGGACAGUUUGUUUUUAAAAUCAAGGGUUUCAUUCCACAGGUUUAAUGAUAUGAGAAAAAAAAACAGCCUCUUCAAAAAGAUUAUUUUAAACAGCCAUAAGAAUAAUUGUCCAUUUGGAAAAAUGCUAAUGUUUACUAACAUUAAUUGCCACCUGAGAAAAGAAACUUUGGGCUGCAGAGUGUGUGUGUGUGUGUGUGUGUGUGUGUGUGUGUGUGUGUUUAAUUAGUUAUUAUUUUGGGAUGAAACCCUUCACUCAUACCUCAGCAGACCAAGGGCUUCAGUUUGUGUUGUGUUUUCUCGGCUCGCUCUGUGAGUUGUGUUGGUGGUGGCGGCGGUUUCGCCUACGGUGUGUGAAGCGGACACAGGGAUAAAUGUGAUGCUUUAACGUUUCGUGUUGUGUAUCAGAGGAAUGGAAGUGAUUCAUUGGAAGUGAAAGGAACUGCAAUAUGUACAGUUUUUAAAUGGAGAUGAACAUUCCACUGUUGGGUGUUUGUGCAAAACGUAGCCUGAGAGCUAUGAAAAAUAUUUUAUGUUUUUCCUUUUCUUUUUUCUUUUUUUGUUUGUUUUUCUGAGCUUCGAUGACAGAUUGUAUUUAAAGCAGCAGAUACUUCAAUGUACAUCCGUUUCUACAAUGUCUUCCUGUUUGAUACAUGAACUCGCUGAGAGCUAACAAGGUUUGCCUUCUUGGAGUGGCGUGCAGCUGUUUUCAUCAAAUUUUCAGGACAAGCAUGAAUCUGAAAUUGUAGCUUUUUAAUGUUGUCUCAGCCAUUGAUGAAAUAAAUGUCCCCGUCAGCUCGCACGUCAGAGAGACAAAGAGCCAGAUGUUUGUACAGAUUUCCAAAAACAUGUACCCACAUGAAAUGCAGAGCGCACUGUUUGUGCUUUAUCAGUUUUUCUUUAUCUCGUUUAGCCAAUAAAUGUUUUU